UCAUCUUUUUCAUUAGGUUUUCAUGGAGUCGCCUUUUGCAAAAUUGGAAGUUGAAGUUGCCCCUGUUGACUCAAGGCAUCCAUCCCCCAAUGCCGAGUUAAUAGCUAGCUAUGCAUGUGUUACUAAAGAAGUUUUGAGCAUUAGAUCCGACUUGAGCGUCGAGGAUAUAGUUGGGCUUCCGGUUGGUAAUCCGGUUGGGUUUAAUAUUUUCCUUCUGCCGAAGACAAACCUGUUUGUUCCUGGAGAAAUUCGGAGGAGACUCCUUUCUUUUUCUUCUACCGUGAUUUAAUAACUAAAGUUGGUAUUCGGUUUUGUUUCUCCGAAUUUUAAGUUCAACUAUUAAGCCACGUCUCGCUCCUUCUCAUUUCAUUCCAAUGGUUCGGCAUACAUAAACCUUUGAAAAGCUCUCGUCAAAGGUGUAAGAGUUGUUUUGAACAAUGGAUCUAAUGGUAACCCUGGCUGAUAUGCCGGCUUUAAUAUGCAAUAAACUUGAUUUGUUUGGGGUCUUUGAGUCCCUUUUCGUAUUGUACUAAAUAUCGCUAGGAUUGUUUCUCAUUUUUUUUUCUUUUUUCCUUUAAUUUUCAGCAUUAUUACUGAAUCUUUAUUUUUGAUUGACUUACUCUUGAAUUUCAUAUUUUUCUGAAAUUCUAGCCCGGGUUAUGAUAUACCGCGGCAUCAUUAUUUCAGAUUUAGCUUUUUUUAUUUUAUUUUGCAACAUAAGAAAGACCUGGCCAAGGUCAUAGGGUAUGUUCCGAUCACUUGGUAUUUCUGACAGUUGAACAAUAUGGCGCGGUUGUGGACAAAUAUAAAGAGGUUGAAUUAUUUUUUAUGAAGAGAGACGGACGCCGGGUGAAUUUUACGUAUGAAAACAUCUAUUCUCAUUCCGCUGGCGGCUGGCUACAGGGUCUAUGAUAAAUUUUGAUAACGAAGAUAGUGAAUUUGAGUUUAUGAUUGCUUUCAAAUUACUUCGAAUUUUUUUUUACACGAACUCUUUUUCAAUGCUUCACAACUGUCUCCUAUGGGAUAUGGUAAAAAGAGGUACAAGUUUUUCCAUUAUGGGAACUGAUAAGGAAAUAUAAUUAGAAUUUUAUAUGUUUUGACUUGGAUAAGAUUCAUUUAUUAAACUUUAUGUAAUUUUUUUUACGUUUAAUUAUAAUUGCUUGCCUACUAAUUUUGUUAUCUUUUCCUUCAUUGCAUGGUUGAAAAAAAAAAAAUCUUGCAAAAACGGGGUAACCUUCAAUCUAGCAAGUGAAGGAGGGAGCAGGAUAGCGGUGCUACGAAAAGACAACCCGAGUUCCAGCUAUUUGUUUCGACUGAUUAACGAUCGUAGUAAGUAAAUGGGUCCCACCACAAAUCACUUGUGGUCCCAGCACCAUCGUUUUGGUCACAACUCCACUCUGUCAGCCACCAAAUCAUUAAAUGAUAUGUCGUUUUGAUGCGAGUCUACGCUGCAUUAUAGUCAAACUCAUAUAUCUUCCGUGCACUUCCACCCACUGUAUCCGAUCCCAUCAUUUCUUUUUAUACAAUACAAAUACCUCAGAGAGCAAAACAAAUUUUUGCACUGGCGUCCACAAACGCGAAUCCCUAAUUCGACUCUAGGGCAGGUGCUGACUGCUGCCUAAAGAAAACAUUUUUUAAUUUCUCGUUUGGUAUAUUUUUAUUGGGUUAUUUUAUUUUAUUUUAUUCUAUUCCUUAUUUUUAACAUUUGUAAAGUUAAUGAUGAAAAUAAGAUAAAUAUUAUUCACAUGAAGCGAAGCAUGAAAUGGAUGAGUAACAAGUGAAGAAUAAAAAAGGGAAAGCUAAUACGGGGAAAAGGUGGGGUUUGGAAGUAGAAAAAAUAAAAUAAAAUAAAAAGAAGGAAAGGAAGAGAAGGGGGGUAGUAUUAUAAUGAAAGGACGAAGCUAAAGAUAUGAAGAUAAAUUAAGGAGAGCAGAAAAAAGGGAGUGAAGUGAGUGAGGAAGAAAGAAGAGGGAAUCGAAAUUGAAUAUUGAAAUCAUGGCAGUUUCUGUAACUAUUUUAGUCCUCAUCAUCUCUCUGCAUCUCAUAGCUUUCGUCUUCGCCGUUGGCGCCGAACGACGUCGUAGUGCGGCCAAAGUGGUCCCCGAUGAGUACGACGACCGAACUUUCUGCGUUUACACCACCGAUGCCUCCACCGUUUACGGCUUAGCCGCCUUCGCCCUCUUGCUCCUCAGCCACGCCGUCCUUAACGCCGUCACCAGAUGCCUUUGCUGCGGCAAAGGCCUUGUCUCCGGUUGGUCCACCACUUGCGCCGUCAUCUUCUUCAUUCUCUCAUGGGUUAGUUUUUUGGGAGCAGAGGUAUGCUUGGUAGCAGGGUCUGCGAGGAACGCAUACCACACCAAGUACCGAGGGUAUUUUGGGGCGGAUGACUUGUCUUGUGCCACCCUCCGCAAAGGUGUAUUUGCUGCUGGGGCUGCCUUGACUCUGUUUUCCAUGUUGGUCUCCAUUUUGUACUAUUGGGCACAUUCUAGAGCUGACACUGGCUUCUGGGAGAAGCACCGCAAUGAAGGUCUCGGAUUGGCCACACACCACCACCACCAACAAGGUGCUGAGUCUGACAAGGCCUGAAAAUUCAUUGGUUUGAACAGACCGGGCUAAUUUACACAAUUUUGGUGGUUUCUUUUUUUGGUUGGAUAAGGGAUGUGGGGGGUUAAGGAAGAUGAACAAUGUUUUCAAAACCUUGUUCAUGUAUUAAUGGGAGAAUAUAUAUAAUAUUUAUGCUAUGGGAGGAGAAUGCUGCAAACGAUAUAGAUAGAUGGUAGUAGUAUGGUGCUGGUGGUUUGUUCAGUAUGUUCCCUACCAAUUUCUAGUUUUAGUGUUUUAAACCUUGUUCUUUGAACAUCUGGCCUCCUCCCACUAUUUGCUUUUAGUGUCUGAGUUGCUUGCGUUUUUGUAAUAUAAAACUUGCAUAGUAAACUUAACCUGAGUAAAAGCCCUUCUACUCGAGGUUCAACAAAAAGAA